AUGAAAUUUGCUUUUGACGCAGAAGCAAAAGCAAGCAAAUUGUCAGAGUGGUUUGAAUCAAGCAAUAUGGUAGGACUAACCGAUCUCAAAAAGCACUUUAUUGUAGAUGCGGAUGUAUAUGGCUGGAAAAACUUUAGGCUUCUCUCGUUUGGCGUUUAUGAAGCACGACGGGACGAUUGCUUUCUGAAAGAAAAACCAGAUUCCUUUUUUCAUUACGGAAACCUUGAUCCCACAACUAAAAAAGGGAGGGAGCGUUUAGAAUAUGCAGUUCAUGGCGUCCUUACCUGCUGCUACUUUGCAGAUUAUUUGGAUACAAGUGAGGAAAAUAAGGACAUUCAUUCAUGGGCUACCUCACAUCAUCCAAAUGGUAAAAAUCCCAUUCGCCUGAUUCGUUCCUCCUAUGAUGAAGUUGAUGAAUGGAACAAGCUUGGAAAAGGUUAUAAACAUGUUAAGACAAAGUAUGAUGUCAAACUGUUUUACGAUCCGUCAGUGGUGACAGUGAAACCCAAGAAACCAACCAAACGAGAGUAUUCAGCCCGCAUGUCUGCCUGGUGGAGUAAAUUUUUUCAAGGUUAA